GGGAAAUAGGUGGACGUCCGGUUCGUUUUUUAAUGUUUGAUUUUCCUGAGAUGCGCGGCUGCUGCGCUAGCUGCUCCUCAGGGCAACUGCAACAACGUUUGAAAUGUUUGCUUAUGUAUGAGUUCGCUGGACGUUCCUAACCCCGUGUUCCACGUUGUACGACCCCCCCGGCUUCCGCUUCGCGCCGUCGGCGAGCGCCUUGUUGACGUCGGAAACGUCUCGAAAACGGAACAAACUCCGUCGAGAUCCAAGCUUCGCCCAGCUGUGUGGACCCGUCCUGAAAAGGCGUCAACUCCGUCGCCUCUCAACGACCCGUAUUCGGAACGUUUGCGUCGAUCGAACGCUUCGAAAGGGUAACCGACCGGUUUUGUCGUUGGUCGAAACUCCGAGGGAAGCCAAGUGAUGAGGCCCGUUUGGAUGCGCUGCAAGACCGCGUAAAACGCAUGCCGGCGCCGAGCAACUUUUGCGGUUUCGGUUGUGUCUUUCUCGUUUUACUUUGAAGCCGCCCGUCUCCAAUGAGAUUCAAUGCAAAGGAGAUAUGCGCCGUCGCCUCGCAGCCUUCGUACAAGUUCGAGAAGGAAGGGAUACUGUUCAUCAAGGAACGCCAGGACGGCCUCUUUCGACGAAGUGACGUUUACACGGAGCGGUGGUGCAGGCUCCGAGGAAAUCUGCUUUUCUAUUACAAGAGCAAAGACCAGUGCUCGGACCCAUUUGGAGUGAUUGUUCUGGAGCAGUACACGGUGAAGGAUGGACCCAUCACGGGGGCCCUCUAUUGUUUCUCUCUGGCGUUUGUCGGCGAGGACUUGCAGCUGGCGGCAGCCUGUGCCGGGGAGCGGGAGGCCUGGCUGGGGGCCCUGCGUGGGGCCAGCUAUGAGUGCGUGCGCCUGCAGCUGCUCCUGCUGCGCUCCAGGCUGCGCUCCCGCCAGAGGGAGUCCGACCCUGGCCUGUACAGGGGCCCCCAGAGGGAGGCGGGAGACUCCGGUAAAAAAGACCCACUGCAAAAUGAGCCCUUCCUGGAGCUUGGCUUAGCGUGCGACAAUCUGCGCUGCGACGCGGACGGUCAGCCGCCGAACCCGCUGGUGGUGGUGAUGACGGGGCGCCCGGCCCAGGGCCUCUGGACCAAGUUUUCCCAGACGGAGAUCGUCGAGAGGUGCAGCAACCCCUGCUUCCUCACCACGGUGGGGUUCCUGAAGAAGCAGGCGUGUGCCACCACCGAGGUGAAGCUCUGCAUCUACGACGUUCGGGAGAGGCUCACCGCCACGAAAUCACUCCUGGGUGAGGCGGUGUUCACCCUGGGAACAUUGGUGCAGAUGCCCGGUUGCUUUCUGCGCCUCGCAUUGGUGUCUCCGUCCUAUGAAGGCGUGGGCUUCGUCACGGUCACCGCUCGGGAGCUGGAGCCCGAAUUUGCGCCCGCUGCCAAGGCCCACGUCGCUGACCACUUCUGGCCCACGGCAGAGCGCCCACGCACAUACUCAUUGCCGGCCACACUGCCCCGGCGCACGCCCACGCCCCUGCACGCCCAGCUGCGGGUGGCCUUCGACGGGCUCUGCUCCCGCACCUACCGCUUCCACACGGGCCUCGGCGCCGAGCUCCGCGUCAGCGAGAUCAUGGCCGAGAGCAAGCUGUCCUUCUCCUUUCCCCAGCUUCUUCUGAACCUGUGGAUCAACGAGGAGAAGCAGCUCAUGGAGACCGUAACUCAGCUCGGAGAGCUGGGGCCGGACUGGCAGGGCCGGCAAAUGGUGUCCCUGGAGCGGCACCUGCACCGCAUGGGCUCCUACUCGGAGGCCCUGGAGAGCCUGGCCAGGCACCGGGGCAGCCACUUCAAGCCCUCGGCCGCCAAGGGCCAGCGUGCCCUCCAGUUUGCUCCCGUCAACAUGCACCUGCAGAGGCUCUGGGUCCACAACACCUCCAGCAGGAAGAAGUGCGUCUACGACGUGAUCACAGUGGGAGCCUUCACGGCGUACGCCCAGAAGUACAACCAGGGGGGUCUUCACAGAAUGCUCAACCAACUCAGGAAUGCCUACCCUUCACUCCAGCGCGAGGGCCAGCCUUCCCCGCUGGGGCCCGACCGGCUGUCGACUGCGGCCCAGGCGGUGCUGAGCGUGGAGCAGCUCGGGGACGAGGUGGAGGCCCAGGUGCAGCGGCUGCUCCGGCUGGCAGACCUCGGGGACGCCCCCGCCAUGCAGGCUGCUGUGGCCCGCAUCGGGGACCGGGCGAGGCAGCUGACGACGCUGUGCCACCCGCUGCUGGUGGAAGAGGCCCUGGCGGUCUGGGAGAGUGCUCGGGCAGACCGGGAGCCGGCGUCGGCCAACGGGCAGUCUGCCCGGGGUCAGUCCCCUGACCGCUCAGACCGGCGGCCCGCCCGCCUCAAGUCAGCGUCCCUGCCCCGCCAGUUCCCGCUGCCUGCCUUCCCCUCUCCCGGGGACUCUGCCUCCGCCAGCGACGACUCGUCGAGCGAGGACUCCUCCAAGGACGGCGCGGCGGAGACUGCGGACCGCCGGGACGCCGGCUCGGUAAACGGGAGCGUCCGCAGCAUGGACCUUCGCCCCACGCAGCUCCACAAGUCGGACUCCAUGUACUCCACGGACGAGUCGCGCUUCUCCGGCUUGUCGGAGGAGUUCGAGCCCCUCGACCUGACGCACCUGAACAUUCGUGCGAGCAUCAUGUGCAUGGUGAGCCGGGUGCAGCACCUGGCCAACGCCGGCAAGGAGGACCCGGCCCCCAUGCUGACGCCGUGCAGCACCCCGGGGGACCUGUCGCCAUGGGCGGCCGAGCUCAUGCCCAGCGUGCGCAAGCUGCGCCAGUCUAUGGCCUGCCUGCACAAGGUGGCCCGCUUCACCUAUGCCCUGCUCUCCCUCAAGGAGCCUCCCCACGCGGCGUCGUCGAGCUACGCCGUGCGGCACCGACGGGACGUCUGCUUCUCCCAUGCCCUGACGUCACUGGUGGCGGCCCUGAUGGCCAAGGUGUGGUGCCAGCAGCGGGACCCAGCUUUCCUGCACGCCCUGGGCAGCGCCGGCGUGCUGGCCCAGUUCUCGGGGCUGCUGAGCUGCCACGGGGAUGAGCUGGCCAUGCUGGAGGACUGGGUCGUGGCCCUGGAGGACCUCGGGGGCGUCACCUUCUGCCUUGAGCCGGCCACCAACGUGUGCAGCCCGAAGCCCCGGGUGGAGGGCAACAGGGUGUUCCUGUCGGUGGUGAUCCCGGCGCCCGAGUCGGUGCUGGCAGACGUCCCGCACAGAAACUCGAGCCGGGUCCAGUUUGGCGUGACGCCGGUCUUCUUCAACGUGGGCAUCAACGAGCAGGCAACCCUGGCAGAAAAGUUUGGCGACCAGAGCUUCCAGGAGCGCAUCAACCACGACGGCGUGGCGGCCCUGCGGGACUACUACCGGCGCCUGCAGAAGUUCCCCCUCCCCAAGAGCGAGGCGCCCGGGGCCAGGGGAAUCCAGCCGAGAGACGUGCCGCUUCCCGAGCUCAUUGAGCAGAUUCAGUGCCGCGUGAAGUCCCGCAAGAGCAAAGACGUGGAGAUUCUGCACCUGGCAAUGGAGGCGUGCCGUCGGCUGCGUGGGCUCCGUUUCACGAGCUGCAAGAGUGCCAAAGACCGAACAGCCAUGAGUGUGACCUUGGAGCAGGGCCAGAUCUUGGUUCAGGACUUUGGCCUGGACCCCAAGGAGCUGCCCAGGGCCGUGGCCUGCAUGCGCAGCGAAGGCACACGCCGCCAGAACACCUUCAAGAAUGUGGGCGUGCGCAAGUACGCCUUCAACAGCCUCCAGCUGAUGGCCCUCCCGAGGCAGUACCGGCCGCCGCCGGGCACCUUUGGCAACGUCCAGUCCUAGCCGGCAGAGCUCCCUGGAUUUCGACAGACGCCUGUCUUCUGGAGAGACUUUUGUUCGCCCCCGGAGGGGUUAUUCGUGUUAUUUUAAUGUAGGCAAUAGUCCAACUGCUCCUAGUGCAUCUGGCACGGGGCAUCAAUAGAACGCCUUAUGUAUGUUCGGCUUGGAAUCGCUCAGCCACUACCCUAUACCAGCAGCCCCAAUGAAGACUGUACGGGGAGUUUAGUUUUAAUUUGAGCGGAUUGAAAAAGAAAAAUUCUGGGAGUUACACGGGCUCCGUCUUCACGGGUUGGUAUUCGUUGGACUCGGCGGACGUUAUAGUCAGUUACAGGUUAAAAAAUUUUUUUUGAGGGAAAGGAGGUCAAAAGAGGAGGAAGCAGACGGAAUGUUGGAGAGAGGAGAGGAAAAAAACCUCCUCCCCCCUCCAGCAUUUCACCUGCUUCUUCCUCCCCAGUCAGAAAACUUUUCUUAACUUGUCACUGACUAUAGACGAGGGAAUAACCGGCGGAAAAAGUUGGCCGAUUCGCUAAAAUCUGUUGAUUACAAUCAAUAGGUUUUACGGUUCGCGUUGGAAUUGCGACGUUAAAGUUGGCCGUGGCGAGAGAUAGAGGGAAAAACUUUAUUGAGACGACAAAGCACCCGAAACGAAUUUGUCCUUUUUACGGGUAUCGUCGUUCGACUGGAGUCCCGGCUCUCUUUCUGCAUCAGUUUUGAUAUCCUUAGACAAAAACACGAAAACUGAUCGUUAAAUGUGUGAAAAUUGGUUUUCUUUGUGUAAAUUGUUUUAGUCUAGCUUUUAAUACCGACUUCCCUUUAAACUUGAAAUUACAGCAUGGCCAAUUAAACCAUUAAUUAAAAAGUUAAUUUAUGGGUUUCUGUUAACGAGCCAACUUAUUAUUGUGGGCAUAAAAAUGGCAUGCAGUGAGGACAGCAUUCCUAUAAUGGUCACACCUUUUUUUUUUUUUCUAAGAGUAAGAAUUGAUGUUGAGCACCCUGUAAAUAUGUAGCUCUCUCGAUUUUUGAUCACGUGCCAUAGUAAGCUGUUGAGGAAACCUUGGUUUCGUUUAAAAUUGUUAGGGGAACCUGCAUGCGCAGUUAAAAAGACGAGGUUGGUACCCGCAGGCUGUUCAAUACAAAUAGCGCAUCACCAUUUCAUAACGAAUGCACGUCACAAACUCCACUCGUAACAGGCUCCAGUUAUUACGCACUAUUCAUACCUACAGAUACGCAUCCGAUACGAGCAGCCUUUUAAUACAACUGGACUUCAUUCAAUCAAUCCACAAGUGUUUCAGAUCGAAAACUUUGCUCCGCUAAUGCAAGGGAAGACAUUAUACAGUAUCUGAGCAAGGCCCACGAAAGCCCCGCAUUGUUAGAGGAGCCAUCGUCCAUAAUUAUUAUUAAUGUCGGUAAUUCGUAUUACCGUUUGUAAUGCAGGCAGGUAUACGUAGCUUCAUCUGCCUCUGGUCUUGCACGAGUGUUGAGCCCCGAAGUUUGUCGGUGUCUGAGUGGCGAGUGCAUUCGAAUGACUUUUGAAACCGGUGUUGUGUUGGAAACGUUAGAGCGACCGACAAGAACGAGGGAAAUGUGCGAUUCAGUGAAAUAGUUUUUUUCUCAACUUGGGGUGCCAACAGGGAUUGUCACACCAGCCAAUGUUGCUUAGAUAUUAUUUAUUUUCUACAAAUGCUUUUUAUUAAGAUGGCAAUUUGGGCCAGUUGGUUCAUGAUCGAAGAUAGGUGCCAAAAAAACAAGGACAAGAAGAGACGUAAACACUGGCGCUUCGAAAAAAACAAGGGCAAGAAGAGAGUAAACACUGGCGCUUCAAAAAAAAAAAAAAGAAGGACAAGGAGAGACGUAAACACUGGCGCCAUUGUUUACGUCUCUUCUUGUCCUUGGUUUUUUGGCGCCUAUCUUCGAAAUGCUUGUUUGUUUUUGCAUAAUCUUUACGGGUUUAAUUAAAUUGUUUGCCUGCUGUUUUACCACAGUGUAGUUCAGGAUGUUCUUUAUCUCCUCUGGCGCAUUUAAGCUUGUGUGUGUCGACAUGAACCGAGCAGACAUUUUCGGGUGGAGGCUCGUUUUAUACGGAUGCAAAGUUUAAAUGCAUCGGGCUAACCAUUUCGUCCACUCUAUGUCUAUAUGGAAUGUAACGUUUGCUCAUGGAUCUUGUGGCGUGAACUUUGUGUGCCAAGUAACUUAUAUAGGUUGAAAGUGUAUAUGAAGUUUGUUGAUAUCCAACUGAAGGAUACAUGCUCAGUAGAGUUGUUUUAGCGAUGUUACUGAGAUUAUACUGAUGAAAAAGCAUAACGGUUGAUUUAUUUAUGUAAUUUGAAAGCAGUCUUAUGACUGCCUAUGCAUGCCUACUCGAUAAUUAUGUGGUAGGUGAAAUUAUGGUUCAGUCAGAGCAGGCUCAUGAUAAGAGCAGAUAAUGAAUUUAAUAUAUUAUAUAUAGCACAUUUUACUCAAUCAAUCCCAAGUUCAUAGUUGCUUUUGCAUAAUUACCAUCCAACUAAAACCAAGCAUGUUUCAUUAUGCCCGUUAUAAAUAUUUGUCGAAUAUGUCUUUAAUUCGGGCAGCAUGAUGGCCAAUAGUUGUCUUUCCUAAUUUCCUAAACAGCAUCGACGAUAUCAUGUUUGCUAGGUUUUAGGAGUACUUCUGAGCCCAGUAGAUGUGCCAUUGUUAUUUAGCUCGGCUAUUUUGGGGUUCUCAAUGCCCGCACAAUUCCCAGUAAAAGAAUGGCAGUUUUUGUAUUUGGUAGGUUCGUGGGAACGAUGAAAAGUAGCUUGACGAGCUAGCAGCUCGUCAAUGGUAUUAUGACGAAAGUUUGCUUCCAUACGAUUGAGUGAGUCUCGUGCACUUUUUGUUUCGAUUCCUACCAGAUUAAGGCACACAGUUUUGACGGAUUUUUAAAAAAUGUCCCACCUUAUGCUACAACAGUGGACCCUUUCCAAAAGUGAGCCUAGCCACCCUGUUGGGGGCUGUACCAGCGCCAGCUAGACUUUGUUUCACUUCGUGUGCGGUCGAAGCCAAAGCUUUGUGCACAUUGCCAAGAGGAGGAAGUGAGCACGCUUUGCUUAGUUCAUCUACAGUGCUGGUCCAACCCAGUCCACCGAUGGCAAUGUAGAAAACCUGCUUUUCUCUAUACCAUCCAACUUAAACGUCCGUGAAAGCACUAUCCAGCAGCACAAACUGCAUUUCGGCAGUGGGGUAUAUGAAUGCCAUAAAGUCGCUAGGAAUAUUUUUAUUUAUGUUUUGCACCGGUUGCCAUUUUGAGUCCCUGAAUUUCGUACACACCUUGAAUGAGUUAGACAUAGAUAACAGUAAUUCGUCGUCGCACUAAAAAGUAUCAUUCGUCAAUGUCGGCAUCUUUGGAUCUGUAUGUGCAGUUGACUGCUUAAUCUUUCUUAUCUGCACUGAUCCCCAAAAAUGACAUAAUCUUGCGCACCUUACUUUUCGGAACCGACAUUUGCUUCAACCCCCCUUUUUUUUUCUUUUUUUUUUAAAUAUUUUUGUUGGUAAACAAAUGAAAAAGGCUUAAUUGUAAGUUCCGAUGUUAGGAAUCCGUAAGGAAUGAUUGGUGCUUGGAUGUGGUGAUCAAUUGCGGGUGUACGAAAAUUUGUAAAACAACCUGUUCCCACGAAUUUGGAUUGGCUGCUCACUCGGAAUGGAGAGAUCGAAAACAAACUAUGUGCAAAUGGAGCCAAGAUAAUGGUACGCCGCCCAAACUGUAACCUAUCUGGUGGUUCUAAAUGCAUCCUUUGAUUUAUGAAGUUGUGGCUGGGUGACACUUUUGGGAAGUCCUCCCCCGUGUUGUCACAGUAGAAAAGGUCUCCACACAUAUUUUGUCGGUGUGUAGCGUCGCAAUAAAUGGCGGGGUACACUUUUUCUCUCGUGCUAAUUAGUCUGUACGUGGGAGCGUUUUUUUACUGAAGAUGUAUCGGCCUGUUUUAGAAGAGUGAAUUCUAGUGUCACCUGUGUAAAGACAGUAAAGAGUGUUUUU